GAUGUCGGUGAUCAAGGAAGGCAUGAUGCUAGCACGCACUCUACUCUCAAGUUCUCUGGGGAUUCCCAGUGAUCGUGACGAUACCGAUGAUUACGUAAUGCAUCCGGUUUUCUUCUGCUUUUUGCGCAUACAUGUAUGAUCAUUAUAGAUUUUUUGUUUGAAUUCUUGUUUGAGAAAAUAAUGCUUGUACUUUUAGCCUCUACGACCGUGCUCUUGCAUACGACUCUUGCUGGCUUAUUAUUAAUAUUAUGUUUGCCUGCCUGAGGCUCGGCUCUCUCCAUAAAUCAUGGGUUGAAGCCUACUGGUAAUCAGUUCUAGUAGAAAGGGUAGAUAUGGCUCUGAUUAGACCGCGCUGCACGAGAUUUGACUGCCGCCGAUCGCCGGUCAAAUGGUUGUCAACUCACCUCAGGAGUUUGUCCACUAAGAAUCCUGAGGGAAAGACAAAAGUGUUGGUCAUCACUGGACCGACUGCAGUGGGAAAAACUGGUGUAUCCCUGGACUUGGCUCGGUUUACAGACAUUGAAAUCAUCUCUGCCGAUGCAGUACAGGUCUACCGCGGUUUGGACAUCGGCUCUGACAAGGUGUCGGACGAGGUGCGCGCCCGAGUGCCACACCAUGCCAUCGACGUGGCCGACUUGGAUUUCGAGUGGCCGGUGUCGGUUGGCACUUGGGUAGAGAUAGCGCAUGAAGCUAUCGAGAGUAUCACAGCCAAGGGACGCAUACCUGUCGUUGCCGGUGGCAGCUGGUUCUACGCUAGAACGUUGCUCCGCGGCCAGACGGAUUCUCCGGCAACAACUAAAGAAGACGCCGAGCUCGCCUUUGAACAGAUGAGAAAGCGUGGCAGCUAUGGAGCCAACCAUGCUCAUCUCAUGACGAUAGACCCAGUCUAUGCCAGGUCACUGGGGUUUGAAGAUUGGAAGAAAAUGGAGCGUGCAUUCAUUGUCUAUAACAAGACAGGCCGGCCAGUGUCAUCAUUUUCUCCCAGGUAUCAGCGUGAAGAAUGUCCUUAUGACUUCCGUUGCUUCUGCGUCUUUCGUCCCGGCAAGAAUUAUAUAGACCACUUAUAUGACCGUUGUGAACAGAUCGUCUAUGCUGGUCUUAUUGAGGAGACGUACUGGGCCGUUCUGAAUGGCCUGGAUAAAGACUGCAUUGCGGCCAAGGCAGUGGGGUAUCGCCAGGCACUACCCUACAUCCGGGAUAACUGGCUUGCAGAUGAUCGACCAACGGAUCGCAAAACGCAGAUCAAGCGAUUUCGUGAGUUCCUAGGGAUCUACAAGCAGGCUUGCAGAAGUUUGGCAAACGAGCAGCGCAAAUCGUUAUGCAACUUGAAAGAGUUUGAGUGGAUAGAUAUCUCGCGCCAAAGCGAUGAUGCCAUUGCGCAGUACUUGCUGGAGCGCUACAACACUCCCGUGCAUACACCAAGCGCCGGAUGUUCUAAUCAGUGGGAACAAGAGCUCCGACAAGAACCAGUAGCGCCAGCAGAAGACUGCACAGUGUUCUUCUCUGACAGUGCUGUAGAGGCGAAGCUCCGAGACAUCGAGUCCUAUCUGACAAGAGAUCCACACACACUACCUCAUCCCAAGACCUUGCCUCGACCACCCUGGAUGCUAGAACAUAGCCUUGACGAAACAGAUCCGAACCGGGUGGCUACGUAACGUGGGACAUGUGAACUGUGGGCUGUGAUCUUAACAGUUAACACAACAACACUCUACUGUGCACAGUGUGCGUGCUGUGGCCUGUGUGAGCAGACCGAUGGAUGCACAGAGGUCGGAGUUUGUGGACUGAAGAGCCACUUCAUGCACCGGCAUGUGCGCCGCCUGUAGUUCCGGCGGCGCUUGUACGGCGGACUGCUCCAUGCCUCUCCUGUCUGCCCGAGUCUGUCAGAUUGUUUCUAUCCUGGCUGUGCCGUGCCCCAUGGACAGUGCCGGUUGUGCUCACAUGUACUCACCCAUGCUGGCUAUGUACUCAUGCACUCAUUGCAAGUCACGACAGAGCCUCAGCCAGAGAGCGGAUCAAAUCGGAUUGAGUGCUUGUUCAAGCAUCAGCAUCGGGUUCGUUCACGACAGCCGUAUGCACGGGCUGGCGCUCAACAGCAGUGCAGAUCACAGUGCAGCAGCUGAUGUUGGCAACGUGUGCAUCAGUGCUGAGUGGUGCAUAUGGUGUCAGCUGAACUAACGUCACAAGACCACCUGCACCCACUACGUACUUCCAGAGAGAAAGCAAGCGCAGCUCUGAAGAUGUGCAGUGCCCGGAGGGAGGCGUGUGACACCGGCCACACUGGGUGUAAAGAUCAGUGCUAACUACUAACUACUGAAGCGGGUACAGUACAGCCAAGAGCAACGGGUACAGUACAGCCAAGAGCAAAGCAGAGCAGAACAGAGCAGAGCAGUUGCUGUAGCACAGAAAUCAGCACCCUGUGUAUGUCCGUUUGUCUCCGGGCAUCCUGGUGGGUUAGUUUCCCCUGGUCCUGGAUCAGCUCUUGCCAUGAACCACAGCAACAGCAGAAGCAGAAGUCUUUCUAGUAAUUCGUUCUAUGGAUCAGCACAAGGACAGGAGAGUGUGUGUUUGAGGAACUGUGUCGGCAGCUAUGUGCCAUCUUGUUCCUUUACUACAUACAGGUAUCCCAGUGAGAUCUGACAAGACAUCAUCACUCUGGUUCAAAGUAGAAGGGCCGGAACCUUCGACGCCAAAGACUUGUGAACGUUCUGGCCGUGUGUCAUAUUCAACAAUUCAUUGCUAACAAAAAGGUGCUACUUGUAAUACAUACACAUACACAGCAUCCAUCAUCCCAUUAAACUGUUUGAAAUCAAGCACACAAAAUGAGAAAUUAUCAAAGAUGGAAAUAUCAUAAAACUUGAUAUACAAAAAUAGUUUUUUCAGAGGAA